AAACAGUUUAUAUUGAUUAUAAUACACUUAAUAUUAUGCAACAUACAACUUACUGAUAACUUAUCAGUUGUCAGUUUGAUGAUUUGGCGAUUCUCCUAUCGUUCACAAUACCUCUACUCAGUAGUUGGCAAUAAUAACAUAUUGUUACAAUAAUUAUGGCUGAGGAGAAUUUGAAAAUACCCACUGAUGGGAAUUUUGGUGGUGAAAGAAAAUUGCCUUCUGCUGAUGAGCUUCUGGCUGCUAUAGAGAAAAUGCCAGGCUUGAAUGAAGAAAGUAAACAGGAAUUGAGGGAUAGCAUACUGAGGGGUGCAAAUAUAAAAAAUUUUGCUGAAGCUAAUCAAGUAGUGCCAGGAAAUAAUCCAAUGGUCGAAAUCUGGAUUGUGAUAGUCUUGGUUCUCUUUAUUUUAAUGAUAUUAGAGCCCUUAGGGUUAGGAAAUAUGAUGAACAGAACCAGAACAGUGGGUUCACCUGAUGAGGUUCCAAAACCACAACUUUGUAUUUACCAGUUGCCUUAUGAAACGAUGGAAAAAUUAUGCUACAUUUUUGACCAGAACGAUGAAUGGAGAAAACUUGGGGUCUACAUGAAGUAUGACCAGACAAAAUUAGAAAUUGUCAAACGUUCUAUGUACAAAGGAAAAUCUCCAACAUCUGAACUGCUCUCAAUGUGGGGUGAUUUGAAUCACACUGUACUGGAGUUAUUUGUGUUACUCAGUCACAUGAAGCACUACCAAGCUAUGGCAGUGAUAAAAUGUUUUGUUGACAAAAAGUAUUAUGUGUUGAUAAAGGAAAGUGUUCAAGAAGUGGAUCCUAACAUCAACCAGCUAUACCUCCAAAAGAAACUGAAGAACAUUGACUACAAAGUUCAUCCAGACAAUUUCAACACUGACACUGAAAAAAUACUGAACAUUCCCAAAGAAAAUCUAUGUGUGCCAAUAAUUAGUGAUGAUAAUAAUGAAAGAAGUUUGAGACCUUCUAUACCAAAAUCUCCAGUGAAUUAUGGUAGAUCAAAAAUGAUAACAGCAUCAGAUAUAUCUUGUGUAACUGAAUCAGCUGGGCCCUUACCAUCUAUUCCUUAUGAAGAAUUGCAAAAGUCCACUAACAAUUGGGAUGAAAAUGCUGUCUUGGGCAGAGGAGGCUUUGGGAAGGUAUUCAAAGGAACCUGGAAAUGCACCCAAGUGGCUAUAAAACGCCUAGAACAGAAAGGGGACAAGCCAGAGUAUGAGACAGAACAAAUUAAUCAGUCAAUCAGAGAAUUGCAAUGUUUGAAUGCAUACAGGCAUGAUAAUGUGUUGCCAUUGUAUGGUUAUAGCAUUGGAGGACCCCAUCCUUGUCUCAUAUAUCAGUAUAUGGCUGGAGGCUCAUUAGAUUAUAGGCUGAGGGUCAGGAUCCCUCAGAAAGUGCUGAGCUGGCCUUCAAGGCUGAAUAUUGCUGUGGGUACUGCCAGAGGAUUGCAGUUUUUGCACACCAUUAAUGAGAAUGCUCCUCUGGUACAUGGAGACAUCAAAUGUGCUAAUAUUUUACUGGAUGCAAAUGAUCAGCCUCGGAUUGGAGACUUUGGGCUUGCCAGGGAAGGGCCCAGAAACAAUCUCAAUUAUAUCAAGGUUAGCCGUCUCCACGGCACCAGGUCCUAUCUGCCGGGCGAGUUCCUGCGCUCGAGGAAGUUCUCCACCAAGGUGGACACGUACAGCUUCGGCGUGGUGCUGUUCGAGCUGGCCACCGCGCUUGCGCCCCACUCCGACCACCGGGAGGACAAGCUGCUGCGCGAUCACGUGGUCAACUUUUCGGGGGACGUUUCGGGGCUCAAGGACGGCCGAGCUAAGGGUUUUGAUGAGUGCUUCGCUGGGAUAGUGGAGAUUGGUAAGAUGUGCGUGCAGGACAAUGCCAAAGACAGGCCGGAGAUGACCAGUGUGUUGGUGCUGCUUGAGGGGGUUUCACUCAAGGAAUGA